UUACGUAAUGGGAGCUCAGGCUGCUGCGGGCUCUCCUGUCUGCAGUCGUGCAUGUGAACUGCAUCACACAGCAAGUCUAGAAACAAGUCGCAGCAUCAGUGUGCUGCAGUGAAAUCCACCCAGCCCUCAGAACACACGCUGCUGCAGCCUGCGGAGCACCCACAGCACCCACAGCACACCCAGCACACCCAGCACACCCAGCCGGACUGUGCACCUCCACCGAGCCGAGGACGACACACGGCGAGCUGCCGGAACACAGCGGAGCAGAAUGUCUCUGAAUGACAAAGACCCGGUUCCUGCAGUGGGGAACCUCUCCCCGGGUCAGCUGCAGUCUCUCUUCAAGAUGGAGCCCAAGACUCUGGGGGCGAUCCAGAUCGUUAUUGGGGCUCUGAUUCUUUGUCUGAGUGCCUCUGUGCUCCAGAUCCACGAAGUCCACUUUACGGGAGACGUGGCCCUCUUCCUGAUAGUUGUCAUACAGGUGACCUUGUCUGGUUCAGUGUUGGUCCACAGUGGGAGGAAGCCUACUCUCUUUUGGGUGAAAUGUGUCCUGGUGCUGCAUCUCAUCAGUGCUGCGUUUGCCACCGCUGCCCUGGGUCUGAUGUCCAAACACCUCCCCUACCGCCAGGACUCUUACCACUGUGAACACUGCCGCAGACUGGAGCUACAUGCCGUGCAACAUUGUUUCAGGAAAUGCACUGGGCUGAUCGAGCAAAAGUGUAAACUGUUGAUUGACGGGAUCCUGGGCACACUGGUGAUCUUCCUGGUGCUGGAGCUGUUGAUCUGUAUCACUGCCAUGCUGUUCGGACUCAGUGUCCUUGCUGCUGGUGGAACCCAGGCUCCCAGCCACAGACCUGUCUAUCCACAGACUCGCCCCCCACCUGUUCCAGCUGUGCAGGCUGUUCCAGCUGUAGCUGAGCCAUCUCAGCAGGUGGCUGUAGUUGUGACUGAACCAGAUUCAGAGCAGGUGGAGGACAUCUCCACCCCCCCUACUGAACCCCAGGUGGAGCCGAUAGAUGCUGUGCCCUCAGAGCCCUGAUCUCAGCACACACUGCGGUGUCAUGUCAUGUCAUGUCAGUCAUAGGGUAAAUAUGGAUGUCAAUUUGGGAGAACUACUCCUGCUGCUCGUUGUAAUUAGGACUCAGUUAUCUCCUAUUUAGCUCGAUGGCUCAUGUAUCAACUCAGGGGACAAUGGGACAACAGAUCCGCUGCUGGCAACAGUUUAAGGUGAUACAAACACAGGGUUCCCACUUCCCACACGUCCUGGAAAACCAGGAAAUUUGGAGACUAGUUUUCCAGUCAUGGAAACACCUGGAAAUUGAUUAAAAUUAACAAAUAUCUUGGAAAAUGUUUUAUUGUAUUUUAGGCCCUGAUUCAGAUAGCUUACAUAAACCUGGGUGCAUUUUAUGUUUGAAACUCGACUGUUGACUUCAGAGUAGGGGUAGCAGACGUGAAGCAGAACUGACCUGCAGCGAUCUUUUCGCCAUCAACUCUGUAUCUACAUCUAUGUUAUAUCUAUGUGCAUUCAGCCUGUUAAUGAAAUGUACAAUUGUUGUUGUUAAUUGUACGUGCAAUGGACACUUUGACUCUCUACUUCUUAUUUUAAUAGGCUACAGUGUUGGUCUUGUUACUCCAGAAUUUGUAUUUAUUACUCAUUACUCGUUACUCUUUUCAAAAGUAAUAUUACUACUUUACCCAUUACUCCCUGCCAACAGUAAUUUGUUUUAUUUCUUUCUGCUUCACCCCACAGAAAUGGUAAUUGCGUCCUUUCUCCCCAAAAUUCAGACCCAAAAUCCAGUUUUGUCUGUUAAAUGGGAAUAUAAUGGGAAUACUUCCAGCAGCUGAAUGAAAGCGUUUCCAUCUUCCAAGCUAAUUUCUUGCUUCCUGAUGUCCACGAUUACAAAAAUGAAUCUAUGGAUGUGAUCAGAUUGUUGAAUUUUAAAUCAGCAGGAGGGUGACAAAAGUAAGGUUGUAACUAUUUACAAUGAG